AUGAAAGCCAAACGCUCGACUGCAGCCAUGAAUGGUAUUGGAGCCAAUAGUCCCUCAUCGUCGCUAAAACAUGGCAUAGAUCGCGACCGUGAACGUGAAAAGAGACGACGAGUGGCCGAUGGCAACGUUGGAAAGGAAUUUCAAACGAUCAACUUCAACUCUUUGGACGUGUCAGUGCUACGAAAAUAUGUACGAGUACAUAAGAUUAAGAUCGAUCCAUCUGCCAGUAAAGAGGAUUUAGUAGCGGCCGUGUCUCGCCACUUUGCCAAUCAAACCGUCAAGGAAUUGGAUGCUGUUACGUGUUUUCUUUAUACUGCUCGAUACAGAGAUAGCGUUUUACGUCUUCCUCUCAAUAUUUAG